AUGUCACCAUCACCCUCCCCGCCCGACCAAGUCCUCCCCAUGCCCCGCCCCUUCCGCGACCCGGCAUGGGAACAAGCCGAGCUCGCCUACCACACUCUCGCGGUGGCAAACCUCAACGCCCUGACGCGCUCGUACAACCUGAUGGCGCCCAAGAUCGCCCAGAAGCCGUACUACACGCUGGAGCGGGAGCUGCGGCGAUGCUUCGCCGACGUGGCGCCGCAGCUGGCCGACGCGAUCCGCGAGCGCAGCACGCGGCCCCCGACGAAAGUGACGCGCGUCGUCGCACGGACUAGAGGGACCACCACCGGCGGAGUGCUCGAUCGGCUCGGCGCCGAUGAGUGGACCGGCCAUGAGGGCACGAUCCGCGACGAGAGCGACGACAAGAGUUACGGCUUCAAGCAGUUCUGGCGCGACUUGUUUGGCGGUGCUGCUGGUGGCGAGCAGAAGACGGAGACUGCGUCGAGGCAGAGACGCAAUGUCGCGUAG